CACAACGUUGGACAGGAAGGCUGUAUGGAGUCUCAGUCCACGAAACCUCAGCACUGAGCCUGCGUCCAGAGAGCGCGGCUUCCGGGAGAAAAGCGCAGUCGCUCGGUGCUCUUCUCCUCCCAGCCGCUCCUUUUCUUCCCUCCUCCUCACCCAUCUGGGAGUCUGUCCUUUAUCCCUCCGUACAGACUGUUGACAUUUUAUGGGACUCUCAGCAGUGCCUACCGCACCCCCACAGAAUGUGCAGACGGACGCUGUGAAUUCCACAACCAUCCAGUUCCUGUGGAACCCUCCACCUCAGCAGUUCAUCAAUGGCAUCAACCAGGGAUACAAGCUUCUGGCAUGGCCCGCAGAGAUCCCGGAGGCCUUCACUGUGGUCACCAUUGCGCCAGAUUUCCAUGGAGCCCACCACGGGUAUAUAACGAACCUGAAGAAGUUCACUGCCUACUUCACAUCAGUUCUGUGUUUCACCACUCCGGGGGACGGGCCUCCAAGCACACCUCAGCUCGUACGGACUCAUGAGGACAAACCAGGAGCUGUGGGACAUCUGAGUUUCACGGAGAUUCUGGACACAUCCCUCAAGGUCAGCUGGCAGGAGCCUCUGGAAAAAAAUGGCGUUAUUACAGGCUACCAGGUCUCCUGGGAGGUAUACGGCAGGAACGGCUCCCGGCUCACCCACACCCUCAACAGCACGACUCACGAAUACAAAAUCCAAGGACUGUCCUCGCUCACCACCUACACCAUCGACGUGGCUGCCGUCACCGCGGCGGGGGCCGGCCUGGCGACCUCGUCCACCAUUUCUUCCGGAGUGCCGCCAGAGCUCCCUGGUGCCCCGUCCAACCUGGUCAUUUCCAACAUCAGCCCCCGCUCAGCCACACUUCAGUUCCGCCCCGGCUACGACGGGAAGACGUCCAUCUCCAGGUGGAUCGUAGAGGGACAGGUUGGAGCCAUCGGAGAGGAGGAGGAGUGGGUCAGCCUCUACGAGGAGGAGAAUGAGCCUGAUGCCCAGACGCUGGAGAUCCCAAACCUCACACCCUACACUCAUUACAGAUUUCGAAUGAGGCAGGUGAACAUCGUCGGUGCCAGCCCCUUCAGCCAGUCCUCCCGGGUCAUCCAGACCCUGCAGGCGCCCCCGGACGUGGCUCCGACCAGCAUCACCGUGCGGACUGCUAGCGAGACCAGCCUGCGGCUCCGCUGGGUGCCCCUGCCCGAUUCCCAGUACAACGGGAACCCCGAGUCGGUGGGCUACAGGAUUAAGUACUGGCGCCCCGACCUCCGGCCCCAGGCACUGGCACAGGUCAUCAACGACCGGCUGGAGAGGGAGUUCACCAUCGAGGGGCUGGAGGAGUGGACGGAGUACGAGCUCCAGAUGCAGGCGUUCAACGCCAUCGGCGCCGGGCCCUGGAGCGAGGCGGUGCGGGGCCGCACGCGCGAGUCAGUUCCUUCAGCCGCGCCUGAAAAUGUGUCCGCCGAGGCUGUGAGCUCGACCCAGAUUUUACUGACAUGGGCUUCGGUACCAGAACAGGACCAGAACGGGCUCAUCCUGGGCUACAAGAUCCUGUUCCGGGCCAAAGAGCUGGAUCCCGAGCCCCGCAGCCACGUGGUGCGCGGGAACCACACGCAGUCGGCGCUGCUCACGGGUCUCCGGAAGUUUGUGCUGUACGAGCUCCAGGUGCUGGCGUUCACCCGCAUCGGGAACGGAGUCCCCAGCUCUCCCCUCCUCCUGGAGCGGACCAAGGAUGACGCCCCAGGCCCACCCGUGAGGCUCGUGUUUCCUGAAGUGAGACUCACGUCCGUGCGGAUCGUGUGGCAGCCGCCGGAGGAGCCCAACGGCAUCAUCCUGGGCUACCAGAUCGCCUACCGCCUGGCCAGCAGCAGCCCCAACACGUUCACCACGGUGGAGGUGGGCGCCACGGUGAGGCAGUUCACAGCCACGGAGCUGGCCCCAGAGUCGGCCUACAUCUUUCGGCUCUCGGCCAAGACGAGGCAGGGCUGGGGGGAGCCUCUGGAGGCCACCGUCAUCACCACUGAGAAGAGAGAGCGGCCGGCGCCCCCCAGAGAGCUCCUGGUGCCCCAGGCAGAAGUGACGGCUCGCAGCCUCCGGCUCCAGUGGGUCCCGGGCAGCGACGGGGCCUCCCCCAUCCGCUAUUUCACCGUGCAGGUGCGAGAGCUGCCGGGGGGAGAGUGGCACACGUACUCCUCGUCCAUCAGCCACGAGGCCACGGCCUGUGCUGUCGAAAGGCUGAGGCCCUUCACCUCCUACAAGCUGCGCCUGAAAGCCACCAAUGACAUCGGGGACAGUGACUUCAGUGCGGAGACGGACGCCGUCACCACGCUGCAAGACGUUCCAGGAGAGCCUCCCAGUUCCGUCUCGGUGACACCGCACACGACCUCCUCCGUUCUGAUCCAGUGGCAGCCUCCGAGAGACGAGAGCCUGAACGGCCUCCUCCAGGGAUACCGGAUCUACUACCGGGAGCUGGAGUCCGAGGCCUCCUCAGCCACGGCCUCCAAGACGCUCAAAACGCCCUCGGCUCUACGGGCCGAGCUCACAGCCCAAAGCAGCUUCAAGACCGUGAACAGCAGCUCCACGUUAACGACGUAUGAAUUAACACAUCUGAAGAAAUACCGGCGCUAUGAGGUCAUCCUGACGGCCUACAACAUCAUCGGCGAGAGCCCGGCCAGCGCGCCCGUCGAGGUCUUUGUCGGCGAGGCCGCCCCGGCCAUGGCCCCGCAGAACGUCCAGGUGACCCCGCUCACGGCCAGCCAGCUGGAGGUCACGUGGGAGCCGCCGCCACCGGAGAGCCAGGACGGGAACAUCCAGGGCUACAAGGUUUACUACUGGGAGGCAGACAGCCAGAACGAAACAGAGAAGAUGAAGGUCCUGUUCCUGCCGGAGACCGUGCUGAAACUGAAGAACCUGACCAGUCACACCCCUUACCGGGUCAGCAUCUCGGCCUUCAACGCGGCUGGAGACGGGCCCCGGAGUGACCCCAGGCAGGGGCGCACCCACCAGGCCGCUCCGGGGACCCCCAGCUUUUUGGCGUUCUCAGAAAUAACCUCUACCACGCUUAACGUCUCGUGGGGCGAGCCGGUGGCAGCCAACGGCGUCCUGCAGGGCUACCGAGUGGUCUACGAGCCCUUAGCGCCCGUGCAAGGGGUGAGCAAGGUGGUGACGGUGGACGUGAAGGGGAACUGGCAGCGCUGGCUGAAGGUCCGGGAUCUCACCAAAGGAGUGACCUAUUUCUUCCGUGUACAAGCGCGGACCAUCGCCUAUGGGCCCGAGCUGCAAGCGAACGUCACGGCCGGGCCCGCCGAGGGCUCCCCGGGGUCCCCCAGAGAUGUCUCGGUCAGCAAGUCCGCCUCUGAGCUGACCCUGCAGUGGACGGAGGGAAGCGUGGGCAGGACUCCCACCACGGGCUACGUCAUCGAGGUCAGGCCCUCAGAUGAAGGCCUGUGGGACAUGUUUGCGAAGGACAUCCCCCGGAGUGCCACCUCCUACACCGUCAGCCUGGACAAGCUCAGGCAGGGAGUGACGUACGAGUUCCGAGUGGUGGCCGUGAACCAGGCGGGCUACGGGGAGCCCAGCAGCCCCUCUACAGCCGUGUCAGCGCAAGUGGAGACCCCGUUCUACGGGGAGUGGUGGUUCCUCCUGGUGAUGGCGCUGUCCAGCCUGAUCGUCCUGCUGCUGGUGGUGUUCGCUCUGGUCUUGCACGGGCAGAACAAGAGAUACAAGAACUGCGGCACAGGGAAGAACAUCUCCAACGUGGAGGAGACCGUGACCCUGGACAACGGAGGGUUUGCCGCCUUGGAGCUCAACAGCCGCCACCUCAAUGUCAAGAACACCUUCUCAAAGAAGAACGGGACCAGGUCCCCACCCCGGCCCAGCCCCGGCGGGCUGCACUACUCAGACGAGGACAUCUGCAACAAAUACAACAGCGCCGUGCUGACCGAGAGCACAAACCUCAAGGAGAAGUCUGUGGACGCUUCAGAAUCUGAGGGCACCGACUCCGAAUCUGAGGACACGCCCCCCCAGCACUCCUUCGUCAACCACUACAUGAGCGACCCCACCUACUACAACUCGUGGAAGCGGCGAGCCCCGGCCGGGCGCGCCCCGCACAGGUACGAGGCGGUGGCGGGCGGCGAGGCGGGGCCGCACCUGCACACGGUGGUCACCACACAAAGCGCCGUGUUCGCGCCCGCGGGCCCCGGCGCCCGGACUCCGCUCACCGGCUUCUCCUCCUUCGUGUGACGGCCGCGGCGGGGCCUCCGCGCACCUUCCAGCCUCCUUUUGUUAAGACAAUCAACUCCAGUAACUGAGCUCAAGCUUUUGUUCAAACAAGAAUUCUGAUAAGUGAUGAUUUUACCUACUUGUGAACACUAGAUUUCAAUUAGAAAGGUUUUUUUAACGGCUUUUUGUAACAUCGCUGCAGGAAGCGGGUUUCUUUGUUUUCUUUUCUUUUUACGAGAAGGUGUAUUUCAGUGGUGCGGUGGCGAGGGGACCCCAGACCCCCCCAGUCCUGGGUGUCCCCAUCCCACGCCAAGUAGGGAGGCUGCGGGGGGAGGGGGGCAGGAGGAGCGGGGGUCAAGUGCGAUGUCCGCCCACGUCCAGGCCGCUCCUUCCUCUUCUCUACCUCCUGUGCCUCCGGAGAACCAGCCUUCUCCCGCCCGCUCCUGGCCUCUGCGGAGCGAAGUGUGUGCCCCGGGCUGAGCGCUUCUCGGCCCGACCCCAUCCAUCUCUGAAAUAUUCUCACUCCGCAGUUUGUAGGCAAGGAAUCAGCUUUCAGGUUCCUGGCGAGGGGGCAAGAGAUUCCGAGGGGGGGGUCCUCUGACCGGCUGACGGCUCAGCGGUCGCACCUUGCAUCAUUCCAGUGGUGAAAUCCCCGGGGCUUUUCUCUUCCUUUCUUUGCCUGAAGCCAACGGCGAAGAGCAGGGACCCACCCCCAGGGCUGCGAGUGGGCGCGGGCCCUCCCUUCUCGAGCGUGUCCUUCCCGUGAACAGCACACGGCCCACCCCGCGAACCCAGAGAGAGCAAGACGGCGCUUUCAGAAUUGCUUGUUGUGUAAGAGGCGUGCGUUGUUAACCAGAGGAUUUUUUAAAUCUUUUUAUCUUUUUUUAAACUAUGUCACAUGAAAUGAAUGAGUCUCUGCUGUCUCCAGGUGCCUUUUUAUUAAUUGUUUAGCCUUGUACAUGAGAAAGGCGGAAAGCGUCGGUGUCUCCAAAUAAAGCGAAACAGCUCUGAGAAAGUGGGGCCCGAAUUGCCUCCUCCCCGCCAGGCCUCCCGCGAGCGCGGCCCCCCCCCCCGGGUCUCCUUGUCCCGCCCGCUGCCCACUGCCUUGACCACCAGUGCUGCUGUCCCUGCCCCCAGCCCAGCCCAGCUUUCAGCCUUAACAGGUUUUCUGGAAACGAUUUUUUCCCCCUUUGCUACUUUAGUUUUCAUCUUUUAGCUACGUGAGAAUAGCAUGAACUACUUUGAAAUUUCGAGAGCCCGAAGUGUACCUGUGGCUCCAGCCAUCACAUUAUUCUUCCAAGAGGUGGCCGAGGUGACUGAGGAGCCGACAGCCAACCCCCCAGGCCAGAGCCGAGGUCCAGGUGUAACCGGCGGGCGCCCAGAGCUCCUGGAGGGCCCCGCGUCCCCACCUCGCUAGCAGGAGGGUGGCCGUGACAAUGCACAGCCACCCUGUCGACACCCCCAAGGAGCAGGGGUGACCUGUGACCUGCCAGUGCCCUGACGGUAGGGGAGCCGGUCCUGUGGCCCCAUAUAGAGCGUGUGGUAUCUCCUCGGCUCUAGCCAGUCUAUACUUCCGUCGGGCCCUCUGCUUUCCCAGCGGCCGCCUGUGGCCCCCGGAGGCCAAGGAGAGUUUUGCGUUGGGUGAAAAGCCCCUUUUCAGUUUUUCCAACAGUUGACGGUGUGGAAAGGUUCCUCUCUCUCUCCUUCUCUCUCUCUCUCUCUCUCUCUCUCCCCUCCUUUUCCUUCCCUCCCUUCCUUCUCUCCUUCCUGCCUUCUUUUUCUGAGUGGAGGCAGAAAUAUUCUAAACCAAAAAUCCUAGAUGCUCUGCCCAAAGCCACUUGUGCAUGAGAAUCACCCCCAACAGUUCACUGGACAGGACGCACCUUGGGGCCCCAAGCCCGGCUCCGUCCUCUCGGCCCCAGGACGGCCGGUGAGGGGGCAGGAACCCGCGCGAGGCGACAGGCUGCAAGCUGAACUUCUUGGAAGACAGACGCCCGGGGCAGAACACGGACAAACUGCCUUCUGUGCACUUCGAGCUCUAAGCCAUAUGGACUUCGCUUUAAAAUAUGGGGGAAAGUGUUGUCACGUCUCAGAAUGAGGACCCUUUGGUUGGAGGUGUGUUCUUUGCUUUGGGGUUUUUGCGACAACAUGAAGCUUUUUUUCAGGUUCAUUAUAUUUCCUGUACUUUCUCUUUCUCUGCUUUUACUGAACUUUUUGUGUAUGGGAUCGUCUGUCUGAGGCUCUGCUGGCACCGUGGCUGCUGACGGACUGUUAGCACCUGCUCCCCCCCGCCCCCCCGCCCUGUCCCUCGGGGGCCCUGGCCCAUGAGAGACACCUGCACCAAAGCAACAGACUGGGCGUCCGCAGUUAGGUUUCAGCCUCCCCAGGCAGUGUGGGCGUCCACGGGCAUCAGUCCCCAGCCUCUCACCUUGUAGGGAGGAAAAUAGACACCACACCAUAGGAGAAUAGGUAUUGAUUGGAUUUUAAUCUCCGUCCAAGAACAGAACAAGCAACGUUUCUCUAACCACGGCCAGAUGAAAUGUCCUCAUCUUGCCUUCUUCUGUAGUGACGUCAUUCGGGUGCCUUACGGUGAGCGGUGGCUGAGCCCCCCCGUGCACUCCCUCAUCCCUCACCGGGCAGGUCGUUGGGCGAUGAGCUGUCCUUCCCGUGUGAGGGUGAGCCAGCAAAGCGGCCAGGCAGGGCCGAGCUCUGUCAGAGCUGGCGGGACGGGACGGGCUGGCCCUCUCCGCCCGGGCACCAGGGCACAGGUUUCCAGGCGGGGGUGGCUGCGGGCGGUCCCCGCACCCAGCGGGCAUUAAGCACAUCAGCAAGGCCUCACGCACCCCUUCCUGAAUAAAUUGGCCCAGAGCGAACCCUGUCCUUCCCCAGCCUUGCCUUCUGUUUCACUCGCCGCCGUGCUUGUAAGGCGUACUCGAUUCGGUGUCGUAGCAGAGGACGGUGUGACGUAGGGCAACGUGGGGGCGCGUCCCCCGCACCGCGAGUGAUGGCAGAGGCCCUCGGCCAGGGAAUCCGUCCAGGCCGCGGGGAGGAAGGGUCGCGCGCACGCUGUAAACUUCUUUUGAUGCUGUGCUUAUAUUUGACCACGACUGGACUGAAGCAUGGUGUUUGCGUAACGGAUCGUAGCAUGGUCUCUAGUUUUUACGAAUUCUCGGCACACGGUGUAGUCGUUCUCCCAAUGAGCAAUCUACCCGCGUAUCCAAAUCUGGCUCUCUUGAACUCGGCAUCCCAGUAGCCUGGAUCCGGUCCGGAAGGCGGGAACACCGCAGCAACCCGUGACCCGAGCUAGUCUGCUGAGGCUCCUCUCCAUUCCUCUCAGCGUCGCCUUCCGGUUUAUCGAGAGCUUAGGUCAGUCCUGAAGUUUUCCCGGCAAUGUUUUCUGGAGUUGUGCAGAAUCCCAGAUCUCAUUUGGAAAAAAAAAAAAAAAAAAAAUGUAGGAUGACAGAGAGGUGCUAUGGGUACGAUUUUUAAUAAAAACAUCAUUUUGUUCCUUA